AUGGUUGAUUUACAGGAAACACAGGUGAAACGAACUACUAGUGAAGAGGCCAAGUUAAGGAAAUUGGGAUUAAAAAAGAGAAGAAGAUCUUCGUCAGAAGAGGAGGAAAUGGAAGAUUCAUACUCUACUCAUUUGUCAGAAGAGGACAGAGGGGAAUCUGCAAACUCUACUCAUUCGUCAGAUGAGUCUAGAGCGGAAUCUUCAAACUCUAUUCGUUUGUCAGAAGAAUAUAGAGGGGAAUCUUCAAACCGAACACAUUUGUCAGAUGAGGGCACAUGGGUUGCGAAAAGGGGACGAAAGGUUUCAAACCCAAAAGUGAGAAGAAUAUCUCUUUCAAGUGAAAGCAGUUCUGAUGAAGAUAGUUCAAUUUUGAAAUUGGAGUUAAAGACGUUGAGGGUAAAGCAUAAAAAAUUGCUUCAUAAGUUGAAGCUCAAGAACACAGAAAAUACUCAACUUAGAGAAAGAAUUGAUCAGCUGCAAGAACUGGUCAUCAGCUUGCAAACUCAGCAAAUAUCAUUGAUAAGUGCAAAUGCUAGUGCGGCUCAGAAUGUUUCUCCAACACACGAGGGUCCAGAAGUGGUUGCAGACUUGGUGGGAAGUGUGGUGAACAAUCCCUCCAUGGGUCCAAUUGAAAAUAGAGAAGUGUCAAGUGCAACAUCUCCCUGUAUAAUAAAUGUAGGAAGGGCGAGUACGUCAAGGAAUGCACCUGUUACAGUGGUUUCAACACCUAACAAAGCAUCCCUGGAUACCAGUCAACAGAUGCCUAUGCCUACCUAUCACUGUAUUCCUAUGUCUUCUGGUCAAUAUAUGCUUAUGCCUGAAAAUGCAAAUAACACCUCGUUUCAGGAACAAGUUUUGCGAGCUCUUGCAAAGAUGACAUAUCAACUAGAAAAUCUGCAGAACCAAAUAAAAAGGGUCGAAGAGAUGGGUACUGGGUCAAACAGACGCCCUGUGUUGCCAAAGGGUGUGGAUUUACCAAUAGCAAGCAUGAAGGUAUUUAAUAACUUCCUGCUUGCUUUGGAAGAUCACGCCUUUUUUGUAUCCCUGGCUUCAUAUUUGUCCCAUAAAAUUGGGCACAGCAACGUUGUGGAGAGGCUGCUGAAAUUUCUCCUAAAUGAUGGUUUUUCGACGCAGCUAAAUUGGGCUGGCCGUAAUGGGAAAAGAGCCAUAAAAAAUACAAAAUUGGUGGAUUUUGUUAAAUAUGCUAUUGAAAGGAACUUGAAGACAACAGAUGAAGUAGUAGAAGCAAAAAUCAAAACCUGGUUGAAACAUUCGACCGAUCGGCUGAAGAGAGAUGCAACCAGGAACCAAAGCAAUAUAUAUUGUAUAAAAAGAUCAAUAAAUAAUAACAAUUCUUUGUAUUAA